UUGCCGACUUCCGGAGCGUGCGUGGGUACGCCCCCUCCUCCGAGUUCAGCGGGUGCGCGGAUGACGAAACGACGUCGCCGCUGCUCAGGGGCGCAGCAGCAGCCGGAGCUGGCAAUGGUUCGGCACCACUGUUGCUAUCAGGCACCGACCUCGCUCGACAGACCGAGGCGGGAAGAACUCAGCCGCACAACGAUUUGCUGCCGUCAGCCAGAACAGCACUGACUCUUUACAACGAAUUCACAUCACCUUUCGCCGCACCAGUUUUGAGUUAUCCAAUCGGAAGCAACGUGGUCGAUUUCAGGUUGCCCGACUUCCACGAACUCUCGACGGCAAUUGCAAGACUGGUUGGAGUGCGCAGAGUUGAGAGCGUCGGUAGAGAGCACGGCAGUAUAUCGGAGCUUGUCGCCAACACUUAGAGCAGCAGGGCAAGGAUGAUGCACGACGAAACGGGGCGGGAAUGCGCCGUGUUGCUCACGUCCAGCGGCAGUACAGAUCUUCGGAAGGAAGGCCGUUCUUCGGAUGGACGCGGAAGGCUGGAGAAGAAGCAAGAAGGCUCAGUCGCAGCGUGCACUUGGUAUGGACGAAAGGAGAGAAAGUCAGCCUAGGUGGCGCCCAGAAAGUGAGUCGUGUUCGAGUGCCGGCAAGAGAGGCAGCGGCGUCGACAGUGUGAGCGUGCUGCAAGGAGUGGGUCUGGUGGGCCGAGUGCCCACGCCGUGCGCGCGCGCACGCGACUCCGGCGACGACAACGGCGACUCCAAAGAAAGCAACGAACAAAAGCGAGCGGAGAGCCCGAACGCAGUCGCAGCGCGGGGAGGAAAAGAGCAGAAGGAAAAACAAACGGGCCUGGUGGGCGGACCCGGGGCGCGCCGCGUCAAACGCAGCCACCAUUUGGCACCCGCGUGUGGGAGUGCCGUCUUACUUAGGGCGCCGCUCGACGACUACCGCGCUUCACUGUGGGCAUGCCCCGGGGCGCGCGUCAAGCAAAAUACAAAGCGUGCGGAGAUGUUCUGCAGAGGCGCUCUUCCGCGCUGGAGUAGGAGUUCGAGACCGGUGUUCGUAUUUCCGAGAAAGGAGCCCUACAUGGAUUGACGGGCGGCGUAUAGUAAUGACCGUUGGCUACCCUGGUAUACCAUGGAAGAGAGAGAGAGAGAACGCGAUGGACCUGGAAGAAGGCAAGGUGGGAGGCACGUGGCUGGGCAUGAACACUUCCGGCAAGGUGGCAUCCCUGCUGAACAUCAUCCAGCCCCUCGACGAAAUCACCGGCGACGAGAAACUGCCCAGAGGCCACCUGGCGGUGCGGUACCUGGAAGGCGUCCAGGACGGCAUGAGCUACCUGCGCGACCUGCGGCGGAAGGCCAGCGACUACAACAGGUUCCUCCUCGUCACGCUGGACGUCAGCCCUUCAAGGCAGGACAUCCAAGCCUGCUGCUAUACGAACGCCCUCGAUUCCCCACCGGUUCACCUAAAACCAGGUUUCCACGCCUUCGGCAACAGCAACCCGCUGCGUCCGUGGCGAAAAGUGGUCGAGUCGCGGGCGCAGUUCGGCGACAUCGUGCAGCGACAGGGCAAGGUCGGCCGCAAGCAGGCGCUACUCGACGAGCUCAUCGCGAUGAUGAGCAACAGCACCGAGUACUUCCCCGACGACCAGCUGCUGAAGGACGCGGAAGGCAGGUCCGAAGAAUCGCUACGAAGCCUCAGCUCCGUAUUCGUCCGGGUCGAGGACGAGUACUACGGAUCCAGGACACACAGCGUCAUCCUGGUCGACUCCAGAGGCUGUGUGGACUACACCGAGCGCACCAUGCAGCAGCCAAUAGACCUGAACGGCAACGAACCCUGGGUUACGACGAGGCUGCAGUUCGGAAUCCAGGAGCCCGGAUCGCUCGUGUCCCGGCUUUGAGCGCGAUCCAGGCGCCUGUUAUUCAUUGAUCCUUAUUAUUUAUGUCACGCCCGCAGAGUCCACGGCUUCGUCUAUGCUUCUUGCGAAAGCUGCCAUUACGGUGGAGAAGCGUAAUGCGAAGCAAAGAAACACGUUACCUUAAAUCGCUGCUCACUCCGCAAGGCACAAGAGGCCUUGUGUUCAAGAGAAGCGAGGUCAACAAGGCGCACCCUUGGCAUCGGUGUAUGUGUACACAUGCAAGUGAUCCAUCAUCUUGCACGUCCAAUUAACAGUUUGCAGAAUGUACAGCAUUUUUGCCUUUGUAUAUGCAAACAUUACGUCGAGAAAGCUUGGAAGGGCUGCACCGUCCACCAUGCGCAAGAAGCUUCAGGCACAGGGGGGGAGGACCCAAUUUUGAGUCUCCUGUCCCUGGUCAUAUUUGGAACAGCUGUAACAGCCUUAACAGACCCACCUUAGUUGUGAUCAUUCUUGGACCACAUGCCAAGAUGCGGGCACAUAAAAGGUCUAUUGCGUGGCAGCAACAUCAGAAUAUAAAUCGCACUCAUCCUGUACCCGAAAGCAGCCAAGUAUGGCACGCCACUAGUACCACAUUUAGCACACUCCUAGCAUACAGCAGCAGUAGUGCUGCCUGGCUCUUUGCAGGCUCUCCAAACCACCACCACCAACAAACACAGUGUGUUCAGAAAGCCAGAAAGUUUAAUGUAUCAACCCUCAAAAAAUUUUACAAAAAAACUCAACACAUGAGUCAACACAGGACCACGCUGCUAUUGGCUGGAGCCAGCUCACUGCUUCAAACACAAAAUAGGGUGGCAAAACCCAAGACUUUCCUCAGGCCCUUUGGCAGGGUCUCCAUGCAAUGAAAGGAGAAGCACUUGUCCACAGGAGCAGUCUUUGUAUAAACCAGCGAAUACCUACAAGGAAGAGUUGAUGGGCCCAGCUAUUCAAGCAAGCAGCGAGUUCAUAAAAAUCACAUCUGGGUGCCCCUCCACUUCAAUCUGCUCAUAGACGUAGUUGCGGUUACACCGGCA